CUUUUGUUGCGGGAGCGGGUUGUCUCAGGGAAGCCGAUGUCUCCACAUCCUCUCUCAGUGCAGGCGUCCAGAUAACAUCCACCCGGAGACACACGAGCUGCUGAGGUUGUGUCAGAGAGCGCUCCGGUUCACAGAAGUGUAUGAGUGGGGGUGUGUGUGUGUGUUUGUGUGAGUGAGUGUGUGUGUGCAUGCGAAGGAUCCAGCGAUGACGACCAGUAAAAGUAAAAACCAGAGCUCCCUGGCACUGCACAAGGUGAUAAUGGUGGGCAGUGGAGGUGUGGGGAAGUCGGCCCUCACCCUGCAGUUCAUGUAUGAUGAGUUUGUAGAGGACUAUGAGCCCACCAAGGCGGACAGCUACAGAAAGAAGGUUGUUCUGGAUGGGGAGGAGGUCCAGAUUGACAUUCUGGACACAGCAGGCCAGGAGGACUACGCUGCUAUCAGGGACAACUACUUUCGCAGCGGGGAAGGCUUCCUACUGGUCUUCUCCAUCACAGAGCAGGAGUCUUUCACUGCCACUGCUGAAUUCAGGGAGCAGAUCUUGCGGGUGAAGGCGGAGGAGGACAAGAUCCCUAUCCUGGUGGUGGGGAACAAGUCGGACCUGGAGGAGCGCCGGCAGGUGUCCGUGGAUGAGGCCCGAGGGAAAUCUGAGGAGUGGGGCGUCCAGUAUGUCGAGACAUCAGCCAAAACCAGAGCCAACGUCGACAAGGUAUUCUUUGACCUGAUGCGUGAAGUACGAGGCAAGAAAAUGGCAGAAAACAAAAGCAAAAAUGGAAAAGGAAAGAACAAGAAGAACAAGAAGAGUUUCAAAGAGAGAUGCUGUUUACUGUGAACUCUUUGUGGACAUUAACACACAACCCCACAAAACAACUGCGGAGUUGGGAACAAAGCAGAGCGUCCUUGCGAUUGUCAUUCAAAAGAAAUGUAAUCUUUUUUUUUAAGUAGCCGUUAUAGUUAAGUGUCUAGAACAGUCUCAACCACUUUAUUUUUGCUGUUUCAUUGGAAGAUAACCACUGUUGUGACUGUGACUGCAGUGCUUGAUGGCUCACGGUGAAGCCAGUGACCAAACUGCCACUGACACUAACUCUGCUGCUCCACUGUUCAACUCAGCGAUUAUCCUGCCUUCGACUUUGGUUCAGCGUGUUUGACACCAGAAUCGCUGAGUGUUUGUCAAAACACAGUGCUCUUAGUUUCUCUUGAUCUUAACCUGCAUAUUUUCCGUCUUAGUGUGGACCCCUUGAGUCUAUGAUUAUCAGUUUAGAACUCUAAUGCUGGUGUCUGUCAUAUUUGUAAUCAUUCACGAUGACAGUGACCUGUCUGUUGAAGAUGUCAGCCUCAUAUAUUCAUCUGCCCAGACUUCAGCGUGUGCUUGGAAAGGCUGUGGAAACCCUAAAGGUUUUCAUUUCUGAGGCUGCUUUUUUCAUCUUAUCUUGAUGAAUAGUUGUUUUGUUUUUUAACCACAGAAGAAUCAUAGUGCAAUCUGAAUAUUUGUUGCCAAAAAGUUUUUCUUUUAUUCCAUUAACAGGCCUUACGUGAAAACCACACGUCAGUCACAAGAUGCUUUUGCAGUUCUUCAGAAUUAUUGCUGCAAAGUGACAUCUUGGAUUAAUUAAUCCCAGAAAACCCGGAAAUGUCUGAUGGACACUUUACCGUGUGUUACAUGAAAGCAAGACUGAUAUAUUGUCAUGAGUGUGCUGAGCAGUGACUGAGAGGUGAGAGUGGUUCUGGUUUUCUUCAUGGUGCUCUGCCGUGUUCAUGCAUUCUGGCCUUUUCCACCCUUCUCACGCUGCAGACUACUUCCUGUUUUGGGUUAGAGUUGAAGUUCCGUGUCUCUGCUGGUUCUGCGCUGUGAGAAAGGUGUUGACAAUCCAGGAGGCCGUCGCGCUUCUGUUCCACGAUGUCGUUAAAAUCAGUAGCUGCUUAUGAAUCUGAACAAUACUGAUGUCCUUCCUUUUUUUGAAGUCCUGGGUCUUUCAAAUAAUAUGCACUACAUUGCCAUUACCUAAGAAGUUGGCUUCAUGCACAAUGGUGUCAAGCUGGAGAUUUUAGAACAAUUUGUGCCAAGAAAAAUGACAAAAAAAAACUAAACCAUGUUUAUGGAUGUACAGUGUGUGUGUGUUACCUGAGCAUAUGUGCAUUUACCAGGAAACCCAACUUGCCCUUCUGUCUGUGUGACUGAAGCUGUGAUGAGGGUGCCAACGUCUGAACUGUUGUUUGAUCGAGUGCUACAGUAAAAACCAGAUGUUUCUACCACUGCCUGAACCAUUCUUUGUAACGUGUCCUCCCUUUUUUCUUUUACUUCCUAUACUACUACUGUGAAUAUGCUUCUGUCUCUCUGCAGGGAGAGUGUUGCUGAAUAAAUGCUUUUUUUUUCCCUUUGUAAA